GUACAGUUCACUCAAUUCAAUGCAUUCCUCACUUCAUAUCAUAUAUUCAUUGAAAAUUGACUGAAAAUAUUAUUUAUUAUUACUUUUUUGUUAAUUAUAUUCUCACAUAAAAGUAUUGUUUAUCUGUGAAUAAGUGGUGUGUGUUUUGUGGCCACAAAAUCACUGGCUAUUAGUGUUUUGGACACAAAUAAAAGUUUUUUCAUCGAUACUUGACUUCAAUUGAAUCGUCAAAAUCAGUGCUAAAUAUUGAUUGUCUUAUCACUACUGAAAUGGCGAACAGUUAUUGAGAUUUAAUUCAAUUUAUGAGUUGAUUAUAAACAAUAUAUUUGUGUCUUUUUGUGAAACAAUUGAGUGAUUAUUAAAUGCAGUGAUAAUAAUGAAGAACAGAAGGGCUAAAGUUGUCUACUCUUAUGCGCCUCAAAACGAUGACGAACUCAAACUAGAAGUCGAUGAAGUGAUUGAAGUGUUGGAUGAGAUUGAAGACGGCUGGUGGAAAGGGGUUUCCCCGAAAGGCAUUACUGGUGUGUUUCCAUCCAAUUUUGUGGUCGAAGUGACCGCCGAUUCGCCAAAAGUGAACAAAAAGGAGGCGAAAGAAGUGCUGAACGAUAAGAAUGAGAACGAAUCGAAAGACGACUCGAAAUCGUCGCUCAAUAGAGACGGAAGUCUGGAGAAGAAGCCGAAACCGAUCAAUAAAAUAGGUUUCGGCGAUAUCUUCGCCGGAGGUAUUAAACCGAAACUCUCGCCAAUUGGCGACACAUCGUUAGAGCGGAACAAAAAUCUGCCAAAAAAACCUCCGCCACAACCGCCGGCACCCGAGCCGGAGAUCGCACCGAAACUGCCGCCCAAACCGGUGAGAGAACAGGCAAUGGUUUUGUACACAUAUGUGGCACAGAAUGAGGACGAGUUGUCCAUAAAAGAGGGCGAAAUCAUAAACAUAGUGUCGAAAGAGAUCGAAGACGUCGGCUGGUGGAAGGGAGAGCUCAACGGACGCAUUGCCUUAUUUCCCGACAAUUUUGUCGAAAUCAUUAAAACACCCGAAGAAUCAAAUUCCACACCUCGUGUCAAAAAGCCCGGUCGGCCGGCAGAGAAGCCCCCGCCGCCCAUCGCUUCCAACCAAUCGUCUAAUGCAUCAACAAAUCAGCCGAAACUCGAAUCAAAUAAGAGUUCAAACAAACCAACGGAAGAGUUGCCAAAAAGCACUGUCGCGGCCAACAGUUCUUCAGCGCCGGUAAUACCGGGAAAAAAGCCAAAAGUAUUAAAUUCAUCAUUAUUUCAGUCGAAGCCAAAACCAGAACCGACACAAACGCCCACUCCUUCUAAACCGGAUGUCGUUCCGCAAGAAAACGGCACUAAACACGACAAAGACGUCGAGACAACCGUUAAUAACAAUAAGUCAAAUGUGAGCGCAAAUAGUAAUAACACUUCAGAAAAUAAUUUUGUCGAUUCGACGGCUAAUAAGUUAACUCAUUUGACGGCCAAUCGACCGAAAGGGCCGUCGUCUCGACGCCCGCCCUCUACUAUAUUCAUACCGAAGGAUUCCGCGAACGAGUCUAACGGUGACAUAUCUGUGGUCUCCAAUAAGAUUGAGGCCAAUAAUAGCCAUACGAACGAUCACAUAAAGCCAAGCAAUCAAUCCCUAUCGCAAACACCACCCGAUAAGGACAAGCCCGAGAAGUUGCCCCCUUGGAUGCUAGAGCUCCGUAAGGCUCAGGAGAAACGCAAAGAUAAUCCCGAAGACUCGCCCAAAGUGUCCCUCAAUUCGCCCACAAAGAGCUCUCCGAAUAGAUUUUCUGGAGAUUUUUCUAAUAAAUCACUUCAAAACUCGACCACAGAGGAGAAAAACGAGUCGAACUCAACGCCACUGUUUAAGCCAUUGAAGUCGACGAAACCCCACAUCACACCCAAUGCAGUCACUUCUUCUGUGCCGUCGACGCCGACUACGACGACGACAACGACCACCGAAACGCCACCUCCAGUGGCGACUGUUGUGGCGCCGACGACAACGUCCAGCAAAACAACAAAUAUAGUCAUCAAUUCGCCGAUAAUGCCAUCGACAGCCACAACAACCACAACCUCUAAAGUGGAUGAAAGUGUGACUAAUUCGACGUCCGAUAAGAGAUUUGCAGAAUUGGAGAAACAGUUGAAAGAACUGAAGGAAUCAACAGUUAGUCGAAAGGAGUUCGAAGAGCUUUCCAAACAGGUGACUGAACUGAAAGAAGCGGUCGACACACAGAAACUUACUUACAGUAAAACCAUUAGAGAUCUCAUUAACGAUGUGGCGGACGAACAGAAAAAGGUGGCGACCCUUCAGAUCGAGAUCGAGAGACUCCGCAAACUGACCACAACUGUGUAACCAUCACUUAAAUGUCUUCGACUACAACCGCACACCAAUUGUGAAAUGUUUUUAUCGUUUUAUGUUUUUAUCGUUUCCAACAAUUCUAUUCUUCCCUCAAAACUAACUUUCCUUCAAAUAUUUAAUUAUCUUUUAUUUAAUUGAUAUUUAAUCAUAACUGUAUUGUCCUUUAUUUUGGUACCGAUUUGUGGACUUUUAUAUUUAUUAUUGUUUAUCAAAAGUUUAUUUCUUUCAUAACUUCAUUAAUUUUAAAGCAUUCCAUAUAUGAGUAUAAAAAUAUUUUAUUUUUUAAUAUAAUUAUCGAAUUAUCGCCGAAAAUUGAUAUAUAAUUGCCUUCAAAUACAGACCUAUUUUAAGAUUCAAAUUGUAUUUUUAUUUACAAAAUUAUAAUUUCAAAGUCGAUAAAAACAGUUGCAGAGAAAAACACUGAAUGAAAUGUAAUGUAAAAUUAAUUUUUUCAUAUAAAAAAUGUAUGACAACAGAGAAAUUAAUUAAUCGUGACUUGAAUUUGAUGUGAAAAAGCAUUUUGAAUCUAAAAUCAGUAUUAAAUUAAUAUUUUAUUAUAUUUUCCAUUAAAUAUGUAAUGAGAAGAAAAAAUGAGACUUUAUUUGAUUAGUUAUUAUUAUUAUUAUUAAGAUUAAGAAAUGGGAACAAUAUUUUGUUGUUUGGUUUCUUAUGCAAAAAAGUAUUGUAUAAAUAAUACAAUUAAAAAAACAAUUGAGAAACUCUAGUAUAAGAAGAAAUUUACUGUAAUAUUAUUUUUUGGGUGCACUUUGAAAGCCCAGUGAUGUUAUUAAAGAAAUUAUUAGUGAAAUAAAAUAUAAGUUAUAAUGAGAUAUAAAAGUGGAAAAUUAAGACACAGAGAUUGCCCGCUCCUGAGGAACGGAUCCGCAUUCCCAUUGUCUUGUAUUGUUUCCAUUUGAAUAAUUGUAUCAAUUAUUUGCCAUAAAAAAUGAAAACGUUUUUAUAAUACAGAAGCGUUACCUUUAUUUUGUUAAAUAUAUAUUAUAUAUUAAAAGGUCAUAAUUUUUGUUUGAUUUUAAUUUUUAAAAAUUACUUUUUUAAUCACAAAUCUAUGGUUUAAUUUUAUUUUUACUCUUUUGAAACAAAUAAAUUUAAUUUCAGAUAAACAUUA